UCGGUGGAACCAUCUGGUGGUUUUUUUUGGGAGGGAGUCCUUGAUUUUUCAUCGUUAUGGCUUCUGGACGUGGAUGGAUUCGCCAACAACACAUUGACCAGCUCCAUAGACAAAUAGCCGAGAGAGUAACAAAGCCAGUACCUCCUUUUCCUUUAUCUUCAAAGCAGGCACAACAACAAAUGAGCUUCCCAACUGUAAAUUCGGCCAAGGCCGUUCCCUUAAAAAAUGGAUAUGCUAGAAAAUUAUAUGCAAGCAAAAAAUCACAGUGCAGCCAGAGUUCAUAUAUUGACAAGAUUCCAUCUGAAAUAGUGCUGAAAAUAUUCUCAUAUUUAGAUACAGUCUCACUCCUGUGUGUUGGCAGUGUCAAUAAGAGAUUUCACGAGCUGUCCAAGGACAACUUACUGUGGUACCAAAUUUGUUCUACUUUGCCUCCUAUGAAGAAUUCCCGCUGGAAACCUAAGCAUAUGGACAAGGUAGCAGAAAUAUUGAAUACCUCUAGUUUGCAAGAGAAGCCACCUGGUUACUGGAAGAAGACUUUUAUCAAUGAAAUACUGGCAAACAGAAGUAACAAAAUAACCCAGAUACUGAAAUCUGUAAAACAUUCCAUGGGAAUUCCGAACAAUAUUGAAAAGGUUGUUAAAAUGUCUGGGUUGCACUGGGCCCUUACCUUCAAGGACACUAGUGGGAGAGUGAAGAUCAUUAAGCAAAUGGAUGUUUUCUUCAGGCACACUUCCCUUACAUUGUUUUGGGGAUGUUUGCUAUGGCCUUCUCUCGAGUCUGUGACCACAUUGCAGCUUCAUGGAAUCACACCAGUGCUGCUGGAUAAAUGGAUGCCUCAAACUAAAAAUGGACCUCAGAGACUGUCACUUAUUGCUGAAUAUAACUUAAGCAACUUUAGGUCAAGCAGGAUUAUUGGUCAGGACGCAAUGGUUGACGUCCUCCUUCUUUACCCUGGUCUGUUGCUUGGCGUCUGGAAGACAACUUCGGAAAUCGCAUUUGUUAUGGCAACUCUACAUUAUGAUCAAAUUCUGGAAAUCAGUACCCUAGGAUCUGCUGACCGUCCAUACAUCAUUCCUCCACACGUGCCAGUCCUAGAUGACAUUGACCCUAAUUAUGGGCUUCAUGGUUACCAGUUGCACAUUGACAUGCACAGCGGACCGAGAACUUACCUGUGUGGAACGUUUCGCAACCUGUUUUGUCUGAGAGAUUAUAUCAGAAAUGGUUUUCUUCGGCUCUCAGCUAUAAGUAUGAAGAAUAACAGACAACAUGCUCCUCUUGUUGGAAAAGUUGGUUUGAUGUGGAAAACUCCUACAUUUGAAGGUAGCAUACAGAACUGCUUUAUGAUGGAUGUUACUGUUUUGGAUGAAGCAGAAAAGCCGUUUUGGUGUUUCAGUUCUCCAGUCAGCCUGCAUCCUUCCAAAAACUCAGAAAGCCUCUAUGACUUCAUGGGACAAAGCUUCACCCUUAAGUACGAAGAUUCAGAAGGCAAAGUUAAGACAGAACUUGUGUGGAUGAAGGAAACAGAAGAAUACUACAUAAUUAACUUGGUCCUGUACUUAAGUACAAAAAAGGUGAACAGCUGGUUUGGAACAAACUACUAAAGUCUAGCUAUAGAAUGGAGUGAAAGCAGUUUUGUUCUGUGAAGAAGUUGAAAGAGACACCAACAGUAUCUUAGUACUCGAUAUUAAUCAUUUAUGCUAUGCAGCUAUAAUCCUAUAUGUAUACCGUCGAAAAACAGUCCGUGUUCUAUUGUUCCUUUUUUAUUAAAAUCCUAUAAUAGGACUUAUC